GGGAACUAAAAAUAUAAACAAACGAGGCGGCCUUUCCAGACUCCAGACGAGGCAUGUGUCCUCGGCCUCCACCUUUGCCCGUGUAAUUUGCAAAAAAAAAUUACAAGAUGAAGUGUUAUUACGAAGUCUUGGGUGUCAGUCAAAGGGCCACUGAUGAUGAGCUCAAAAAAGCAUAUAGAAAAAUGGCUCUGCAAUGGCAUCCAGAUAAAAAUCCUGAUCGACUUGAAGAGGCAAAGGCACAGUUUCAGAUAAUUCAAGCUGCUUAUGACACACUAAGUGAUCCACAAGAAAGAGCAUUUUAUGACCGUAAUCGUGAAAACAUCCUUAGAGGCAAAGAUGAAGAUUUGGAAGCAAAACCAGAUAACAUUGAUCUAUUUGCCUUUUUUUCUUCACAAUGUUAUUCUGGUUUUGAUGAUUCAGAGAAAGGCUUCUACACUGUAUAUAGACAACUGUUUGAGAAGAUUGCAGCAAAGGAUAUGCAAUACAUGGAUGAUGACGAGGAAGAUGUUGCCAUUCCAAAUUUUGGAAAAAGUGACUCUGAUCUGGAGGAUGUUGCACAGUUUUAUGGUUAUUGGUCAAGUUACUGCACGUCAAUGUCUUUUGCUUGGGUUGACGAAUAUGACAUUAGGGAAGCCCAAGGAAUGGGGCGCUGGGUGGAAAAGAAAAUUGAAAAGGAAAAUAAUAAAGUUCGACUGAAGGCUCGCAAAGAGUUCAAUGAAAAAGUAAGGUCACUAGUUGCCUACGUUCGAAGACGUGACAAACGUUGGGAAGCUCGUAAGAAAAUGCUCGAAGCUAAAGCUGCAGAAAAUGCCAAGAGGCAGAAGGCUAUGCAAGAGAGGCAAAAAGAAGAGAGGCUGAAGAUGAUGGAGCAUGAUAUUGCCAAGGAGAAGGCAAAAAUGGCAGCCUAUGAGGAGGAACUGAAGGCUCUAGAAGAGAAAUUUGCAGAGGAAUGGGGUUUAUCUGAUUAUGAAGAUAGUGAUGCAGAAUGUGAUGAAAAUGCAGAAGCUGUCUAUGGAGAAGAUAUUCCUGAUGGCGAUGUAGAAGAAGAAGAAGAUUAUCCUGUAGAUGACCGAUAUUGCGUUGCUUGCAAUAAAGAAUUUAAAACUGCUAAUGCAAUGGAGAGUCACUGUAGAUCAAAGAAACACAGGGAAAAUUUAGCGAAGAUGAAGGCAAAUAUGCUGGCGGAGGAUGAACUCCUGAAUGGAAAGCAAGAGGAAUCUCAAGUUGAUCAAAAUUCUAUAGAUAAUGAGGAAGUAAGUACACCACCAAAGUCCUCUAAGAAGAAAAAGAAUAAGAAGAACAAUCCUGCCGACAUCCUCCAGUCCUUAGCCUCAGAAACGACCGGUAGAUCCAGCAAGUCGAAGAGAAAAGGAAAGCGUCAAACUCUAGACUUUGAUGCGAGUCCAGAUAGGUUGGGAGAUGCUACUGAUGAAAAUGCAGGUGACGAUGGCAUAAAUGACUGCUCUGAUGCUGUGACAGAAAGUGUCAGUGGUGGCGACACUAUCCCAAAUGAAAAAAUAGAGGAAGGUGAUGGGGCUGCCAACAAAAGCACAUUUGAAGCAACUUCGAAACCCAAGGGAAAGAAAGCUAAAGAAGCGAAGAAACGAGCACAGCAGGCAGAAUCUUCUAAUAAGGAAAAAGAGGUACUCAAGUGUAAGGUGUGUGGCAGUGAAUUUGGUUCCAAGAAUAAACUUUUUACCCACUUAAAAGUUGAGGGACAUGCUGCUCUCAAAACUGCAAUGCCUCAAGCUGAAAAGAAGGCUAGAGGUAAAAAGAAAUAAUUUAAUAUAAAGGCAUUUGUUUGAAUAUCAGUUUAUUCAUGAAAUACAUAAUUUAUAUUAUAUCCAAGCGUGCAGAAAAUUAUCUUUAUUGACAAGUAAAGCAUUAAAUUGCUUAUUUCAA